UGUCGCUCUUUGUCAAAAAAUUUAGUCGAUCUGUGACAGUGAAAGUGAGUGAACAUAUUUCCUGACGUUGUUAAGUGUUAACAUAAAAAUGCCGAAAAAACUAAAAGUAGUUGUAAAGUCUCUGUAUUCCCACGAAAUUCGUAAAGAUGUCAGCCUAGAGAGUUUAAAAUCAUUGAAACUCGAGGACGCCUGGCCAUUUAUCAGAGAUGAAAUCGAGAUCGAAAUUGGGAGUAACCAGUUGGUUUGUAUCCCGCAUAUUACAGAAGCCGACCUGUAUAAAGUCACGUCUUUAUUCGUGCCGAAUGAAAAAGAAACAAACGGUAAAAUGUUCACACCGCUUGGGGAACUGAGAAGGAAUAUAAAUAAAGAGAAGUCUGACCCCGAAUACGUUAACCUGCUGGACCAGGACGAUUUUCAUGAUCAAGAUUUUAAGUUUCCCCACGAAAGCGUAAAGAUAACAUUACAAGAUGAAGCAAUAAAGAACAAAGUGAGAGUGAUCAUGAUAAAUUUCUCCCAAUCAAGAAUUCCGAAAGGCAAGGAUUUUUCGAACAAAAUUUACUUGGAUGUAAAGAACAACGAAGCUCUGAAAGGAAAGAAGUCUGUUUACAUGAUAACCAGUGUAUUAAUGGCCAAAACCAUAGAGUUUAGAGUGACCCGUGGAACAUCUUCAAGAAUCUUCCACCUUGGAAAUGCUUCUCCUCUUGUGUUUGGCCUGGAGGAAUUUUUAAUAGCGGAUGAUGGGAAAUUAGUUGCCAAGGAACCAGUGACAAUUAAAUCGAAGUGUUUGCGCUGGCAGAAGUUGGAUCCCUCCGACCAUCUCUAUAUCCCUAAGAAACAGGAUACCGCUUGCGCACAGUAAAAAGCGAUAAACCAACAAAGUAUAAUUUUCAUAGUUAUUGUAGAAGCAAUUUUGCCCAUGCGUGGGCUAUUUAAGGAUUUAGAAAUGUAAUAAAAAUAUUGUGCACGCAAAUACAAAAAUUCAAGUGACAGAGCGUAACUGAAAAACCAAUAUAAUGAAGUCCUUUAUGUGCUCGCCACGGGGCAAAUCGCGUCGCGCAAAAUUUUGCCGAUGAAAAUAAAUGUAUGGGUAGCAUGCUUGGUAUAUUUCCAUACAUUUGUUUCAGUUACUUAGAAUGUCUCGCGGCCACGAUGUUAGUGACUCUGUUGUAGUUAAUUCUGCGACGAUCGGAUUAUGGUUUUUAUAGAAGCGAGAACUAACUAAUUUAUUUUGAGCCAGUAUAAUAUUUGAGCCAUUACAAUCGCCUGCUUCAAGAAUCUAGCUUUUAUAUAUUAUACACAGGAAUUUUAUAGGAAGUAGAUAUACAUAUUAACCUGCACCCGGGGAUAAGCCUGUUGAUUUUGGCCCAUGAUUUCUUGUCACGAUAAUACCCUGCCAUAAAAAGCAAAAAAUUAAAUGAAAGCGUUAUAUAAUUAACGAUGCAUUUAAAAAUCCAAAAAAAAAACUGAACAAAAUAGGUAUUACUGCGGGAAUGGGAAGGAUGGGAAGUUUUGUCUUUUGCAAUCUUUAUACAGGUUUGUUAAAAAAAAAUUAUGAUAUUCUUAUCAUCAGAAAAUAUAUUCAAAGUUUAAGUGAUGCAUUUACCAUACAAACGAAAAAGUUAAUAUUCUAACCAUUAACCUUUCAACUUUAAAAAUAAGUGUAGGUGUCUAAAAAGAACGAUGAUGGAUGGCAAUAACAUGCAAAACAAUUUAUGUUCUAAUUUGCAUAGACCAUUUAUAGCUUUAUAUAAAAAUUUACCUUGCCCAAUGAGCAAAAUAAUAUCAGUUCUCCUUUUACAGGAUGUCUACAGUAGUAUGCUCAACUGUAAAAGGGCGUGUUAGAAUACGUAAGAAAAUUUGGACAGUUUGAAUAU